AUGGGGGCCCUCUCCCCCCAGCCCCUAAACCUCUCUCUUCUCUACACACCACAGCAACAGCAACAGCAGCAGCAGCAGCAGCAGCAGCAGCCCGCAGCUAGCUGCUUCUCUUACAGCCCCCCAGCAACCCGCACCUGGGGCUACCUGCUGCGUGUCUCGGGUUUGGUGAGGCCCUGGCACGCGCAGCAGAAGCGCAGCAUCCUGGGGGCCUCUGCAUGCCGCCUCGGUACCCUCUCUCCCCCUGCUGGGGCCCCCCCUGCUGGGGGCCCUGGGGACGGGGGGCCCCCUGGGGGGGGCCCCCAAGGAGGGGGCCAGCUCGGGGGGCCCCCGGGGGGAGAGGGGGGGGGCCCCCUCUCCCCUGCACCGCUGCAGCAGCAGCAGCAGCAGAGCGUUGUUGAUAGAUUCUCUGGAUGGGGGGGAGAGGCCCCCGUUGCUUCUCCUUACUUUUCGGGUCAUCCUGCUGCUGCAGCAGACUUGCAUAGGCCUUUGGGUUCACCUGGACACUCUGCUGCUGCUGCUGCUGCUGCUGCUGCUGCUGCAGCUGCUGCUGCAGCAGAAGCAGAAGCAGCAGCAACAGAAAGCGACGGAGGCAAGGACUUCUGGGGAGCGCAUUAUCUUCCGGUGGAGGGUACAGCAGCAGGAGCAGCAGGAACAGCAGCAGCAGCAGCAACAGCAGCAGCAGCAACAGCAGCAGCAGCAGCAGCAGCAGCAGCAGGAGGAGAGAAUGCUGGUGCAUACCCGACAGCCUGCUGCUGCAGCAGCGGCUAG